UUCCCCUUUCUGUAGGGCUGCUGAAAAAUGACCAAUCAUGGGGACUGCCCUGCUUCCAGGGCCACACCCUGUUUCCAAUCCCUUCAGAAAAGCUCUGUAGCUCUGCUCUCAAGCAGAGUUGCAGCCUCUGAGAGGAGAUGCCAUGACCUUCACCUUCACAGCCCUGCUCUGUCUUGGACUGACUCUGGGCCUCUGGAUCCCAGUGCUGACAGGGUCCCUCCCUAAGCCUAUCCUCAGAGUACAGCCAGAUUCUGUGGUCUCAAUGGGAACUACGGUGACCUUCAUUUGUGAGGAGACCAUUGGAGCCAAAGAGUCUGAUCUCUAUAGAAAUGGAAACCUACAGAGAAGAGUUCCAAAGAACAAUCAGAAGCCAACAAACAAGACUGAAUUCUUAUUUUUAAAUGUAGGCCAUCAAAAUGCAGGGCAAUAUCACUGUUCCUACAAGUCUCAGGGUAAAUCAUCAGACUACAGUGAGCCCCUGGAGCUAGUGGUCACAGGAGCCUACUCGAAACCCAGCCUUUCAGUCCAGUCCAAUCCUGUGGUGACCUCAGGAGGGUAUGUCACCCUCAAAUGUGAGCCCUCACAUUAUGAUCACACAUUGAUUCUUACUGUAGAAGGAUCUCAGAAACCCUCCUGGAGGCAGGAAACACAGUGUAACCACUACACUGGGAAGUGUCAUGCCCUGUUCCCUGUGGGCCCUUUGACCUCCAACCAGAGGUGGAUAUUCAGAUGCUACAGCUAUGAAACUAACACACCACAAGUGUGGUCAGCUCCUAGUGAACCAGUGGAGCUCCUGGUGUCAGGGAAACUGCAAAAACCAACCAUCAAGGCUGAACCAGGCUCUGUGAUGCACUCUGGAAGGGCCAUGACCAUCUGGUGUCAGGGGGACCUGGAUGCAGAAAUAUAUUUUCUGUAUAAGGAGGGAAGCCACAAUACACAGAGCACACAGACCCUACAACAGCCUGGGAACAAGGCCAAGUUCUUCAUCCCUUCUGUGACACAAAGCCAUGCAGGGCAAUAUGGCUGUUACUGUUACAGCUCAGCUGGUUGGUCAGAGCCCAGUGACACCCUGGAGCUGGUGGUGACAGGAAUGUACAACUACUAUCCACUCAUGCUGUCAGGACUGCCCAGCCCUGUGGUGCCAGAGGGAGGGAACGUGACACUCCACUGUACCUCACUCCGAAACUAUGAUAAAUUCAUUCUCACCAAGGAAGAUCAGAAGUUCACCAACUCACUAGACACAGAGUAUAUACCUUCUACUGGACAACACCAAGCCCUGUUUGUAUUGGGACCCAUGACCCCAAACUACUCAGGGACAUUCAGAUGUUAUGGUUACUACAAGAAUACCCCACAGUUGUGGUCAGUACCCAGUGAGCUCCUAAAAAUACUCAUCUCAGGACCAUUGAGGAAGCCAUCUCUGCUAAGUCAUCAAGGACGUAUACUAAAUCCUGGAAUGAGCCUCACACUGCAGUGUUACUCUGACAUCAAUUAUGACAAAUUUGCACUGUACAAAGAAGGGGGAGCUGACAUCAUACAGUCCUCUAGCCAGUGGACCAAGGCUGGCCUCUCCAAAGCCAACUUCACACUGGGAUAUGUAAACCACUCCACUGGAGGCCAAUACAGAUGCUAUGGUGCACACAACCUCUCCUCUGAGUUGUCGGCCUCCAGUGACCCCCUGGACAUCCUGAUCACAGGACAGAUUUAUGACACACCUUCCCUCUCAGUGAUGCCCAACUCCACAGUACACUCAGGAGAGAAUGUGACCCUGAUGUGUUGGUCAAAGUACUCUGUGGACACUUUCAUUCUGUCAAAGGAGGGAUCAGGCCAGCCACCCCUUCGACGAAAGUCAAAGUUCCAAGAUCAACAGUACCAGUCAGAAUUCUCCAUGAGAGCUGUGACAUCCAAGCUCUCGGGCACCUACAGGUGCUAUGGUUCUCCCGACUCAUCUCUCUACCUGUUGUCAUUUGCCAGUGCCCCUGUGGAGCUCAUAGUCUCAGAAUCCAUCGAAGCCUCCAGCUGGCCAGCUAAAAGGUUCAUCACAACAGCCAGACUAGCUGAGACAAUCUGUCCAUCCUACAACAUACGCAAACCUCAGACAAUUGAAUAAAGAGAAGUCCACCUCGUAGCAUGGGAAAGAGUAGAAUCUUAUCCUCUUCAGGAAAACAAGGGCCCUGGAGGGAUGUUUCAUCCCUAACUUCUGUGACUUCUGUAUCUAAUACCACAGCUCCAGAAAACCAGGAUCACACAAUGGAGAAUCUCAUCAGGAUGGGGAUGGCUGUCCUGGUCCUCAUAGUCCUUUCGAUUCUAGCUGCUGUGGCCUGGCAAAGUCAUAGACAGACCCACCACGCAGCUGGCAAAUAAUCUAAAGAGAAAGGACAGCUUUCAAUGUUCUACACUCUGCGAAAUGAAUCUGAUGAUCCAAAAUUUUCUGUCAGAAAAAUGUGUUGUGAUAGAAGUCCAGGGAGCAAAACUGUUUGGGGUUCUGAGGAAAGAAGUUUUAUGAUGAGGUGAUUCCUUGGUGAACAAAUAUUUGUCCCUCACAUACUGGGGGUCUUUGCUUCCUGAACCCACACUCUUCUGAAACUAUGAAAUAAUAAAAUAUUCUGUCCCAUCUGA